GGCAACUUCGCGUCGCGUCGCCAUUUUGCAUUGCAUCGUUUGCGUUCUCAUGAAGAAUUUGUUGCUUGUGCGAAGUUUAUUUUAUAAAAUAGUGAUAUCGUGCCUGUUUUAAACGUAUGUCCCUAAAGUAACAUAAAACUAUUGUCAGUGUUGUGUUGAUUUUGUGUUUGUUUUUGCAUUAAGUAGCCACAAAAAUGGGCAGAAAGAAGAAGAAGGCAUCGAAACCUUGGUGCUGGUACUGCAACAGAGAAUUCGACGACGAGAAGAUAUUGAUUCAACAUCAGAAAGCGAAACAUUUCAAAUGUCACAUCUGCCACAAGAAAUUAUAUACUGGCCCAGGGUUGUCAAUACACUGCAUGCAGGUACACAAAGACGCCAUAGACAAAGUACCAAACUCAUUACCAAAUAGGUCGAAUAUAGAAAUAGAAAUCUAUGGUAUGGAAGGUAUCCCUCCUGAAGAUAUAAGAGAGCAUGAAAAGCAAAAAUCAGGUAUAAGCUUUUAUUUAGGAUUUUAGUUCCCACUGUUUGGACGAACUGUAUGUACAAAACCAUAUUUUCCUACACUAAUCAAUAGCUUAGCUGUUAUUUAAUGUGUAGUACAGUGAUUAGUGUAAAUAAAAAGCUCUCUGAAUUUGAAAAACAGCUUCUUACUUAUUUUUUAAUUUGUUUAGGUGGUGGUAAAGGUUCAGACAGUGAUGAUGAUGAACCAGCUGCAAAGAAAAAAGCUACUCCUGCAUUGCUGGGACCGGGCCCUUCAAAUGUGAGUCAAGGCAUUUUGCCUACACCAAUGGGACCCGUGCCCCCAGGGAUGUACCCAGGGCACAUGGGUAUGAAUCCCAUGAUGCCACCUUUCAUGCAAGCACCAAGGAUGAUGAUGCCUGGUAUGCGACCACUGUUUCCUGCUGCAAGUAUACCCUCAUCACAACCUAGUAAACCGACUUUCCCUGCAUAUAGCAACGCGACGAUAAGCGCGCCUCCGACGACCUCAACGUCGAGUAGUAUGGAACCUAAAGAGAACGGUGACGUGAAGCCCCCAGCGGCUAAUUCAUGUCCUUUGGUGACGGCCACUGGUGCCGGGUCAAAGAUAGUGCAUCCUCCAGAAGACGUUUCGUUAGAGGAAAUCCGUGCCCGCACUGCCAAGUAUAGACCGAAGCCCAAACCAGACGCGCCUACGCCUCAGCCAGCGCCAUCGCAACCUAUAAUCACACCAAGCACUAGCCAGGCUGAGGUGGCGGCACAUAUGAACGCGGCAGUGGCGGCGGCGCGGCAACAGGCGGCGGCGGCCAUGCGGCGGCCCCUCAUGCAGCCCAUGAUGCUGCCGCAGCCUAUGCGAGUCGGCGUGCCCGUCUCCAUGCCGCCCGUCAUGGGCGUGCUGCCCGUCAUGCCGCAGUUCAACCUCAUGCGCCCCAUACAGCCCGGCAUGCUGCUGCCGGGCGGGAUGAUGCAGAUGGGCGCCAUGUUCCCGGGCGGCGUGCCCGGCCUGGGCGUCAUGCAGCCCCGCUACCGAUAACCGCCCCGAACAGAACCGAGCGAAGGUGAAGGUAGGCACGCGUCGAGUUACCUAUCUCGCUUCACCCGUGCCCACGUUGCUCGUUGCUCUAACGCGUUGACGGUGACGGACACUAACCGGGUCGGCGCGCGGCGGCAGGUAAGGCGGGUCGCGGUGGCGCGGGUUAUCGGCGCGGACAGGUGACGCGAGUCGCCCGCGACCGCGAGCGUCGGCCGCGCGGUUGGGCCGGCAGUUCCCUGCGCGAGCAGGCGACACCCGUCACAACGAGCGUUGUUGGAUUACCGGCCCCCUGUCCGUCUGGCCCUGGCCCUGGCCCCCGCGUGUUAGCGCAAUCGUAUCACUCGCACCCUUACUCACGGCUCACGCGUUCGUUUCGAUAGACUGUCGGCAGAUUUCAGUAUGUAGUGUUCGUGCGAUUCUUGUUUUCUGGUGUUUCGAUAUGUGCGUAAGGAUAAUUAAAAAGUAAAUGAAUAAUAAAACUUUUAAUGUUACUCAUUGCCUUGGAAAUUAUUUUUCUUAAGCCAUUUCCACGUGAAGUUGUGACGUUUGCCUACUCUUGUAGAAUUUUGACUAUUUUACUGAUUAAAUGCUAUGAAUAUGGAAAGCUCGCUUUUAAUUUCUCAUCCUUGUCAAUGUGCUCCAUGACGUUAUACUUGUGGCAUGUCAUGUGUAUACAACUUUCUGUAUGUGAACAGAAUUACUUCAUUCUAAUACUGAAGGUCCGUUGGUUGUAAAUAAAUAAUAGCCUGUAGUGAGGUUGAAAUAAUUUUAAUAAAGUAAGUACUAAGUGUGUUUUGUUUUUAUAAUUUUGAGUAUAAUGAAUUCCACUGUCAACUUAGCUUUUGGACAUUUAUCAUACUUCGCCCACUUCUGACCCAUACAUAACAUAUUUAUUAUCUGUUGAUUGGCUAUAAAAAUAAAAGUUUUCUACCACUCACGGGCUUUUCAUUAAAUCUGUAAGAAAUAAUUGUUUCAAGAUUAUAAAAACUGCCCAUUUUUACGAUAGAAUAAGAGAUAUUAAAAUCAGUAUGCAACGUCUGCUGACUUUCUUACGCAAAUAGUAACUCUAUCAACAAACAGCAGUUUCUGAAACUGUCUUGGAAACAUGACGCUGCCCUUUAUUCUGAAGAACUAGAAAGUUAUGACAAUCAGCGCGUUAAAAUAAAGGUAUAAAAAGUUGAUUUAUUAUCAAUAGGGAUGACGGCAAACUUUUUGUUUUUCCUUGUCUUUCGAGUAGAUUAUCAAAAAGUAUUGGACACGUAUUCUCCCUUUAAUCACAUAAUCAAAACAUUACAGAGAACAGACCUCUCUUUCCCAGUGGGCACUUUGGGC